GAUAGAGCAUCUUGAAAAAGAAACUGGUCUUCUACGACAAUCAAAAGGAUCAAAUGUUGUUUUUAAAGGCAUAGACUUACCCGAUGGGAUGGCACCGUCUAGUGCCAGUGUCAUUAAUUCUCAGAAUGAGUAUCUGAUACAUCUCUUACAGGAACUAGAAUGUAAAGAGAAGAACUUGAAAAAUUUAGAAGAUUCUCUUGAAGACUAUAACAGAAAAUUUGCAGUAAUUCGUCAUCAGCAAAGCUUAUUAUAUAAAGAGUAUCUAAGUGAAAAAGAGACCUGGAAAACAGAAUCUGAAACUCUGAAAGGAGAAAAGAAAAAGCUUGAGGAUCAAAUCCAACAAGAUGCCAUCAGAGUAAAAGAGUAUAAUAACUUGCUCAAUGCCCUUCAGAUGGACACAGAGGAAAUGAAAAAAUCACUUUCAGAAAAUAGUAGGAAAAUCACAGUCUUGCAAGUGAAUGAAAAGUCACUCAUAAGGCGGUACACUACGUUAGUAGAGAUGGAGCGACAGCUUAGAAAGGAAAAUGGGAAACAGAAGAAUGAAUUAAUAGCGAUGGAGGCUGAAGUCAGUGAAAAAAUCGGACAUUUGCAGAGAUUUAAGGAGAUGGCUGUUUUCAAGAUUACAGCUCUCCAAAAAGUUAUAGAUAAUAGUGUCUCUCUGUCUGAACUAGAACUAGCCAACAAACAAUACAAUGAACUGACAGCGAAGUACAGGGACAUCUUGCAGAGAGAUAAUCUGCUUGUUCAAAGGACAAACAAUUUGGAACACAUAGAGUGUGAAAAUGCAUCUUUAAAGGAGCAAGUGGAGUCUAUAAAUAAAGAGCUGGAGAUUACUAAGGAAAAGCUUCAUACUAUUGAACAAGCCUGGGAGCAAGAAACUAGAUUAGGGAAUGAAUCCAACAUGGAUAAGACAAAGAAAUCAAUAACCAACAGUGAGAUUGUUUCUAUAUCAAAAAAAAUCACUAUGCUGGAGAUGAAGGAGUUAAAUGAAAGGCAGCGGGCAGAGCAUUCUCAAAAAAUGUAUGAACACAUGCGGACUUCAUUCAAGCAAAUGGAAGAACGUAAUUUUGAGUUGGAAACCAAGUUUGCUGAGCUUACCAAAAUCAAUCUGGAAGCACAGAAAGUGGAACAGAUGUUGAGAGACGAAUUAGCUGGUAGUGUGAGCAAGGCGGUAAGCGACGCUGAUCGGCAGCGGAUUCUAGAAUUAGAGAAGAAUGAAAUGGAGCUAAAAGUUGAAGUAUCAAAAUUAAGAGAGAUUUCCGAUAUUGCUAAGAGACAAGUUGAAAUUCUGAAUGCACAGCAGCAGUCCAGAGAAAAAGAAGUAGAGUCUGUCAGAAUGCAGUUGUUGGACUAUCAGGCACAGUCAGAUGAAAAGGCACUGAUCGCCAAACUGCACCAACACAUCGUCUCUCUUCAAACUAGUGAAGCUACUGCUCUAGGGAAACUGGAGUCAGUGACAUCUAAACUGCAAAAGACAGAGGUGUAUAAUCUGCGCUUAGAGCAGAAACUUGAUGAGAAAGAACAAGCCCUCUAUUAUGCUCGUUUGGAGGGGAGAAACAGAGCAAAACACCUUCGCCAAACUAUUCAGUCGCUGCGGAGACAGUUCAGCGGAGCUUUACCCUUGUCACAACAGGAGAAGUUCUCUAAAACAAUGAUUCAGUUACAAAACGACAAACUGCAGCUCAUGCAGGAAAUGAAGGGUGCUCAACAGGAACAUAGAAAUAUGGAGAGCAAAACACUGGAGCUGGAAAUGAAGCUGAAGGGGUUAGAGGAGUUGAUAAGCACUUUAAAGGAUGCCCGGGGAGCCCAAAAGGUGAUCAACUGGCAUAUGAAAAUAGAAGAGCUUCGUCUUCAAGAGCUUAAAUUAAAUAGAGAAUUGGUGAAGGAUAAAGAAGAAAUGAAAUACCUGAAUAAUAUAAUUUCUGAAUAUGAGCAUACAAUCAGCAGUCUGGAAGAAGAAAUUGUCCAGCAGAGCAAGUUUCAUGAAGAAAGACAAAUGGCCUGGGAUCAAAGGGAAGUUGAACUGGAACGACAACUAGAUAUUUUUGACCGGCAGCAAAACGAAAUACUAAACGCAGCACAAAAGUUUGAAGAGGCUACAGGAUCAAUGCCAGACCCAAGUUUGCCCCUUCCAAAUCAACUGGAGAUUGCGCUGAGAAAAAUCAAGGAGAAUAUUCGAAUAAUCCUAGAAACCAGGGCAACCUGUCAAACACUAGGAGAGAAGCUAAAAGAAAAAGAAUCUGCUUUACGGUUAGCAGAGCAAAAUAUUCUGUCAAGAGACAAAGUAAUCAAUGAGCUAAGAUUUCGAUUGCCAGCCACUGCAGAACGGGAAAAACUGAUAGCAGAGCUUGGCAGAAAAGAAGCAGAGCCCAAAUCCCAACACACUUUGAAAGUUGCUCACCAGACCAUUGCAAACAUGCAGGCAAGGUUAAAUCACAAGGAAGAAGUAUUAAAGAAGUAUCAACGGCUUCUUGAAAAAGCCAGAGAGGAGCAAAGAGAAAUCGUGAAGAAACAUGAGGAAGAUCUUCAAGUCCUUCACCAGAAAUUAGAACUGCAAGCUGAUAGUUCACUCGACAAAUUCAAACAGACAGCUUGGGACUUACUAAAACAAUCGCCUACUCCGGUUCCUACCAACAAACAUUUUAUUCGCCUGGCUGAGAUGGAACAGACAGUAGCAGAACAAGAUGACUCUCUCUCCUCACUUUUGAUGAAACUAAAAAAAGUAUCUCAAGAGUUGGAGAGACAAAAAGAAAUCACUCAAUUGAAGAUUAAAGAGUUUGAGAACGUCAAACUGCGGCUCCAGGAGAAUCAUGCAGAUGAAGUGAAAAAAAUAAAAGCAGAAGUAGAGGAUUUAAGGUGUCUUCUGGCCCAGUCACAAAAGGAAUCACAGAGCUUUAAAUCUGAACUCCAGGCUCAAAAAGAAGCAAACUCCAGAGCUCCAACAACCACAAUGAGAAAUUUAGUAGAAAGACUAAAGAACCAAUUAGCCUUGAAAGACAAACAACAGAAAGCACUUAGUCGAGCACUUUUAGAACUCCGGACAGAAAUGACAGAAGCGGCUGAACAACAUAUUAUUUCCGUGACUUCUCAGAAAGAGGCAAACCUCAAUGUCCAACAGUUGGUUGAUCGGCAGACUAAACAACUAAAGUUACAAAUUGAAGAUUUAAGUGAAAAUCUUUCAAAAUUGAAAGAAGCUCUCAAAACAAGUAAAAGCAGAGAAAACACCCUAACUGAUAAUUUAAACGAAUUAACCAGUGAACUGCAAAAGAAACACAAGGCCUAUAAUAAAAUGCUUAAAGAGAAGGAUGGAAUUGAUCAAGAGAAUGAUGAACUGAAAAAGCAGAUUAAAAGACUAACAAGUGGAUUCCAGGGCAAACCUCUGAUAGAGAACAGACAAAGUGUAAUUGAAGAACUCCAAAAGAAAAUUAAAAAUCUCGAAAGCCAACUGAAAAGAAAGGUGGAUGAAGCAGAUGCAAAGCCUGUGAAAGAAAAGAGUGGAAAAGAAGAAUUAAUAAGAUGGGAAGAGGGUAAAAAAUGGCAAAGCAAAAUAGAGGGGAUUCGAAACAAAUUAAAAGAGAAAGAGGGGGAAGUAUAUAUCCUAACCAAGCAACUGAGUACUUUGAAGGAUCUUUUUGCCAAAGCUGAUAAAGAGAAACUCACCUUGCAAAGGAAACUAAAAACAACAGGCAUGACUGUCGACCAGGUUAUGGGGCUGCGAGCUCUAGAGACAGAGAAGGAGUUGGAGGAAUUGAAAAAGAGAAAUUUUGACUUAGAAAAUGACAUAUCGCAAAUGAGAACUCACCAAGCCCUGCCCCGAGAUUCUGUUAUAGAAGAUUUACAUUUACAAAAUAGAUACCUCCAGGAGAAACUUCACUCUCUUGAAAAGCAGAUUUCAAAGGCUACAUUUUCUAGGCCUUCAACUUCAGGAAUAGAGUCAGAAGAUCAUUAUCAAAAAGAACAAGAGCUUCAGAGGGAAAACUUGAAGUUGUCAUCUGAAAAUAUAGAACUAAAAUUUCAGCUUGAGCAAGCAAAUAAAGAUUUACCAAGACUAAAGAAUCAAGUAAGAGAUCUGAAGGAAAUGUGCGAAUUUCUUAAGAAAGAAAAAGCAGAAGUUGAAUGGAAGCUUGGCCAUGUGAGAGGGUCUGGAAGAAGUGGAAAGACAAUUCCAGAACUAGAAAAAACUAUCGGUUUAAUGAAAAAAGUCGUUGAAAAAGUCCAAAGGGAAAAUGAACAACUGAAAAAAGCCUCAGGGAUACUGACCACUGAAAAAAUGACCAAUCUUGAGCUAGAAAAUGAAAAGUUGAAGGCUGAAUUAGAAAAACUUAAAAUUCAUCUUGGACGUCAGUUGAGCAUGCACUAUGAAUCCAAGACCAAAGGCACAGAGAAAAUUGUCGCUGAGAAUGAAAGGCUUCGGAAAGAACUUAAAAAGGAAACUGAAGCUGCAGAGAAGUUGCGAAUCUCAAAGAAUAAUUUAGAGAUACUAAAUGAGAAGAUGACAGUUCAACUGGAAGAGACUGGGAAGAGACUGCAGUUUGCCGAAAGUAGAGGUCCACAGCUGGAAGGUGCCGACAGCAAGAGCUGGAAAUCGAUAGUUGUCACAAGAAUGUAUGAAACAAAACUGAAAGAAUUGCAAAGUGAUAUUGCCAAAAAAACCCAGAGCCUAACUGAUCUUAAACAGCUUGUGAAAGAAUCAAGAGAGAGGGAACAAAAAGCUAAGAAAUACACCGAGGACCUCCAGCAACAGAUUGAGAUUCUCAAGCACGUUCCUGAAGGUGUUGAAACAGAGCAAGGCCUUCAACGGGAGUUUCAAAUUCUUAGAUUAGCUAACAGUCAACUGGAAAAAGAAAAAGCAGACUUAAUCCAUCAGGUAGAAGUUUACAAGGACCUAAGUAGAGAUCCCGGUCAAUUAAAGGAAAAAGUACAAGAUUUAGAAGCACAACUCAAAACCUCAGACGUAGAGAAGCAGUAUUUGAAGGAUGAAAUUAAAAAGCUGAAAAAAGAACUGGAAAAUUUUGAUCCUUCAUUUUUUGAAGAGAUUGAAGAUCUGAAGUAUAAUUAUAAAGAAGAAGUAAAAAAAAAUAUUCUUUUAGAAGAAAAGUUAAAAAAACUUUCAAAACAAUAUAGAUUUGAAUUAACUAGUCCUGAUUUUGCUCAACAGUUUGAAGAUGAAGAAACUCCUAUUAAUUUCCCCAUUUAUUAAGGGCAGCAUGUCAUUUUCAUCUAUUUAUUGACUCUAUAUAAAGGGUAAAAUCACACGUGGAAAUCAGGUAGUUUCUGACCUGUGUGACUUCCUAAUACCUUGUACCUUGUACCUUUACUUACACUGGAAGUUUUAGCAAAUGAAAUAGAAAAAAUUUCAGCAUGUAAGAAAAGUAUAUUUUUAAACACUUUUAGAAUAUAAGUAUGACUAUCAAAUAGUCAUUGAAUUGGGUGAAUUUCUGUACAUUCAUAUUUUGAUCACUUUUUUAGUGGGUGAGGUUGUAAAUGCUAAUAAUUACACAUUUAAAAUUGGAGUUUUACGUACGUGUAAGAUUCUCAAGCCGCAAUUACAUUUCUGUGCACAGGUGUCUAUGUUAAGAGGUGGAGCCAUAUGUUUUGACAACAGUCUCGUAAGACUAAAGUUCAAACUAUUUAAUUUUAAUUUUGAAAAUAAAUGCUACCAAAAUUG